AUGCUCAAACCGGGUGAUAAGUCAUCGCCCGAGUUUGCGAGACAGGAAGACAUCGUCUACCAUCUGGUCCUUAUAGUAUAUGCAAAGCAGCCCAAGCGUGGACGGUACAUCGCGCCGUUCAUCGAGCCCGCCGGCCUGGAGCAAAACAUUCAGGAGACGGUCCAAGAUUUCAAAACAGUGGUCCCGAGCGGUGCCUUCCUCUCCGGGUUGCUAAACACCCCAGUCACCGGCCUAGCUGAUGCCGCCGAAGUCCAUACUCCGCUUCAUGAGCUCGAGGGUUCCAUCAGCUCCCUCAUUCAGCAUGAAACGCAGAAUUACAUCAAAUACUGCUAUCAGACCGAAUUUUGGAGCUUCGAGAAACUGCUGUAUACGGUGGUAGUGGACACUCCAAACACCCGGAUCGGUAAACAUAAGAAGGCUUACCAGUACGUGUCCAAAGUAGAGGUUCAAGCUAAUUUUGCGUGCCUUGAGGCCGCCGUCGCCUGCAUAAGUACGAUGGUCGACCGAUGGGAGAAAGACAUGGGGAAUCACCAGGGCAAGAUCAUUACACAUGGUCGAGCACGUCGAAUUGGGAGAGCUUGA